CAAAAACGCUGCUUCUCUCGAAGAGAAAGCUGCCCGGUCACUUUGUCGUGGUGUAAAUCGAAGAAAUGAUACAAGAGUCGAAUGACGAGACCUAAAUUGCUCCUAUGUUGAAAGCACGUCGAUGCCCGAGAACGUAGUGAAUGAGUUUCUGAAGCGUGCGAGUUUUUAGAUAAUUUUUUUUUACUGGUGAUCGCCUCCUCUGAAGCCAUUGGAUUUUGUAACAUGAUAGAUAGGAAAGGAAUCGUUUUGGCGGUAAUGCUCCUCGUCUAUGAAGGAGCUUUAUGCGCAAAACAUCCUGAACCAUAUUAUGGGAAGCUGAUAGGCAAAUUGAAAAAUUUUGCCCAUGGCAUCAAAGGUACAGCGUAUGCCAUCGAUGAAAGUACGAUUUUCAUCAAAAGCUUCUCGUACGAUGGUAUGGGCCCUGAUGCCUACUUUUGGGUAGGAAACUCUCCCAGGCCAAGUCCUGAGGGUAUUAUUGUAGCGUAUCCUGAAGACUACAUCGGGAGCAGGGAUCCCCCGGUGUUGAAGGCUUACAAUAAUACUGAUGUGAUCCUCAGACUGCCUGGCGGCAAGAGAAUCAGGGACAUAAAAUGGCUUUCGGUCUGGUGUAGGCGAUUCACCGUAGACUUUGGGGAGGUCUUCAUACCCCCUAAUUUGGAGGUUCCCAAACCUCGUGUGUUGCCAGAAUUCAAACGACUGGCACAUGGACUGAGAUCUGACAAUAUUAGUAUCUUAGAUGCCAAGACUUUUUACAUACCCAAUUUACACUACGACGGAGCAGGACCAGACGCCUAUUUCUGGGUUGGAAAUGGGUCAGAACCCACACCCUACGGUAUUAAGGUUCCAAAUGAAAUGGGCUCUCUCGAUGUGCUCAGAGGGUAUCAGGGUGAAGAUAUCGAAAUUCAGCUACCAGGAUCUUUAACAGUGUACGACGUGGAUUGGCUAGCAGUUUGGUGUGUGAGAUACAGGCACAACUUUGGUCAUGUGAUGAUACCCAAGGAUCUGGACGUGCCACCAGCUUUGGGACAGACCAAAAUUUCGCCGCCUUGGUGGUAUAAUCCUACGAGCACUAGCCCCAAACCUACGGGGGCAAGGAAUUGUAGAGAGUUCUUGGACAAAAGGUUGCAAGUGAACUGGGAAAUCAUCGGAGAUUUCAUUGAAAUAACACUAUCAGCUAAGAUCAGGGAAGAUCAGUAUGUAGCUUUCGGACUAUCAGGAGCAGAAGGAAGGGCUCAAAUGAUCGGUGGUGACGUAACAGUGGCGUUCUACGAUACCGACAGCAGGACAUUCAAAGCCAUCGACUACUACAUGACCCACACGGCUCAGUGCGACGGUAAAUCUGGAGUUUGUCCUGAUGAGAGAAUAGGGGGUCGAAACGAUGUCACCCUGAUUUCUGGAAGGAGGGAUAAUGGUGUUACGACCAUCAAAUAUAGGAGGUUGUUGCAGACUAAUGAAGCUGUGAAUGACAAGCCAAUACCUUCAAGUGGUGAGGUGAGCGUUAUAGCAGCUUUUGGUCCCCUGAAUUCAAGAAAAGAGGCCAACGCCCAUUCCAUGACUGAUAAAACGAAGGAUGACUACAGAAUAGAUUUCAGCACAAUGGACGACAAUGACUGUUCUGUGACUUUGGUGGACCUAGUUGAUACUUCAGGGCCAAAACCUUGGCCUCCUGCGAUGAUUAUUGGUGAAAAUACUCUUUACGCAAAGAUUGGACCUACCGGAGGUAGAAGGGGCUACACAGCCAUCACCCAUUUUCCCUCUUGGGGCAUCGCUUGGUACAUCAACGAUCUUCUAAUACCCGAAAUCACGGUCGAAAGGGGUCAGACGUACACUUUUAUCGUCGAAGGGGGUAACGACAAAACCAACCCUUCGAAAUAUCAUCCCUUCUACAUAAGCGACUCGCCUGAGGGUGGUUUUGGACAAAAGAGCCCCGAGGAUCAAGUGAAACAGAAGAUUUUUGCUGGCGUGGGCUAUGACGCCAACGGCAUUCCCUUCCCGACAGCAGCAGGUAGAUAUUGCGAAUAUGUCCACAAAUCCAUCGAUAUGUCCACGGAAAGUGAAUCAUUCGAAGAUUAUUUCAAAACUCUAAAUCUAGAAUGCGAAGAGGGAGAACCUGCCUUUUUCAAUUGGACCGUACCAACUGACGCACCAAACGAACUCUAUUACCAGUGCUAUACCCACAACAACCUAGGGUGGAAAAUAAAAGUUGUAGACCCGGGUUACAAUUCACAACAUAAUGCCAAAGACAAAGCUACCAGCCUUCACCGCAACAAUAUCUACAUUACAGGUGUAGUCAUGGGUUUUUUGACAAUAAUAACUAAUAUUAAAACUAGAUGUUAUAUUUUUUAAUAUCCUGUACAAUUAUAUCUAUAUCCAUUGUUUUUAUAUGAAAAUGUUAAGAGUAUCAUAUUUGAUGUGUUGACUGACAUGACUUUGACAAUAUGAUCUACAGUUUAUCGAUGAAAAUCAAACAAAAUUGUAUUGAAGAUUGCGAUUCUUCAAAAAAAUAUGUCAAUAUAUUUGAGAUGAAUGGGUUGAGAAAGGUGAAAAAAAGGAAUAUUAGGACUUCGAAAUUCAAAUAUUGAUUUGUCUGCGUGUAAAUUCUUGAAUACAAGUUUCUGUUCUGAUCUCUGUCCACCAGGAUUCCGAAGAUAAAUUUUUCACUGCACGAAUCUGUACAUAUCAUUCGUAUAUACAUACAUUUCAUAUUGUAAUAAUCCAGAAUUGGUAGAGGUAUUGCGAUCAUUUUGUCUACUAGAUUUAGAUCUAGUCAGUCUUAUCGCUAGGCACAUAAACUUUAGCUUUUGCAAAUGUUUUCCAAUAUUUUUUAUUUGGAUGUGCGUCUAUUUAGAAUCGUUAAUUAAAAUGUAUUGAAGUCAAUUUUUACAACUCCGACAAUAAUAUUUCAAUGAAAUAUGAAACUUAUUUGAAUGUAUAUGUAAUAACUUUAAGCUAACGUAACUAUUGUGAAAUAAUGUGCACAAAUAACGACAAUAAUUUUGAAAUUUACAAUUUAUUGUAAACUACUUUCAAUUGUGACAAUAAUGAAACAUUUUUAAUAUUUAAUAUUUAUAGUGUUAAGUCCUCAGAUAGGGAUUUAUAUGGAUUUUUUGGCCUCUAUGUUCGAGGAAAGUGAUUGUUCCGCCUGAAUACGAAAAAUUCGGAUAUACAUUUUUCUAUUUUUAAUGUCUUUAUGUUGAUGGAACUAAUUAACGUAUUCAUAUAUUCCGCAACUUUUUCAAAUCCAACUUUGGGUCGGAUGAAAAUUUGAAAUGAAAUGAAACCUAGUUUCAUUGUUGAACUAUUUGUAUAUGUAGUUUCUAAAACAUUUAUUACCUUGAUAAAAAUAAUAAUUUUAUUUCUCUUGUUAUAUACAAAAUAAUUUGUUGAAUAUUUUAUGUGAUAAUUCCUAUGUUAAAUGAGCAAAGUUGUAUAUAAUAGCGAAUUUAAACGAGUUAGUUGCUUUUUAAAGAAUUUUCCAACCAAAUAACGAUACAUUUCUCAUUUAUCACAACACUCGAUAAAAAAUUAAGGAAAUGAUAAAGUUUCAAAAAAUAUUGUAACGCAUUAUUUUUCGACAUUCUGUAAACGCAGAUGAAAAACGAUAAAAAUUUCUUUAACUAUAAAUUGGAAAAUCUUGAAAUUUGAAAAUCAACAUAACAACAUAUCUGAAUUUACACCUAUUUGAAUAAAAUGAUGUUGAGUGAGUGGCACAUUCCGAGAAGUAUUUUCUCAUCGUUUUUUGUAAUUUGUCAUCAGAGUCUUGAAUAAAUCAAUUGAGGAAUCUUCAAAA